AUGUCGAAGCUUGGCGAAAAGUUCGAGCGAGAUGGGUUCGCCGUCAUCGAAAAUGUGUUCAACGAUCAGGAAAUACAGGAAAUGAGGGAUUCAAUCUCGAAAAUCGUAGAUGAAAUGGAUCUGAGCCAACACCCGAGAAGCGUUUUCUCCACAUACGACGAGGACAAGGUUUGAACUCAUUUUGGGCAGAACAGAAUCCUAAAUUAUCAUUUGCAGCACGCGGCCGACUCGUAUUUCCUGAAUAGUUCCGACAAAAUCCGUUUUUUCUUCGAGGAAGGCGCCGUCGAUGAAAAGGGCGAUCUGAAAGUGGCCAAAGAAAAAUCUCUGAACAAAAUAGGCCAUGGCCUUCAUUUCCUAGACGCAACUUUCCGGAAAAUGACAUUCCAUCCAAAGAUUCAGGAAAUCUUCAUAGAGAUUGGCUACGAGGAGCCUGAAGUUGUACAGAGCAUGUAUAUUUUUAAGGUGAUUUGAUCGGUUUCGUGUCGAGAUCCCUUUUCAACAUUAUUUUCAGCAACCUAAAAUCGGCGGCGCUGUUACGGAUCACGUGGAUUCCACUUUCCUGCGUGUGGAUCCAAUCGAUCAUUUGACCGGCGUCUGGAUUGCAAUCGAUGAAGCCAGCGUGGAGAACGGGUGUCUUUCUUUCAUUCCUGGAAGUCAUAAAGGUGAAUGGAUCAAUUCUAUGCUCGAUGCAUUACGUCGUACUUUUCAGAAACCGCAACGUCCGACUACCGCUUUGUCCGAACCCACACCCCAUCCGGAGGUCCUCUUCUCAAAUUCAUCGGAACCCGCCCGACCUACGACCAAUCGAAAUUUCAACACGUUCCCAUAUCCAAAGGUUCGCUCAUUCUCAUCCACGGACUCGUUGUUCACAAAAGCGAAGCGAACACUUCCGACAAAUCGCGUCACGCCUACACAAUCCACGUGAUGGAGAAGAAGAACACCGUGUGGAGCCGGGACAAUUGGCUCCUGGAGACCGAGCAGUAUAAGUUUCCCAAUCUUUAUAACUUUUAUUGA